AUGGAGCGCGCAGAGGAGGAUGACUACGGCGACGCCACACUGCCGGAUGAUAUGAAAGGCAUCGGGCAGACGCUUCGGAAUCUGGAGGAUAAGACACCGUGGAUAACAUCCGACUUGCUAGCACUACACACCACUCGUGAUGCCCACCACGCUCACCACGAUACUCUCCCACCCCUGCCGUAUGGAUGUGGGCCGAUACCAGAUUUCGCCUUCACUGACGUGGAUACCGACAAGCGCGUGCGAGGCGUCGGCGAUGAGUGGGCCUUUUCCACCCACAGCAGGCAGAUUCAUCCGGACCACCUAGAGCCUUGUGGACCGACUCCCUCCUGCCACGCGGUGUAUAGACAGAUUUCCUUCCCCAAGCAGCUUGCGCAGCCCUAG